GAAAGAGUUCCAGCAGUUAAAUCUCCUAAAGUUGGUGGGCCAGGCCAUGGACGUACUACACCCUUUACUGCCGAAGUCCUGACUGAUGAGGAAGUGGAAUCCGCUAUCGCUGUGUUGAGACAUUCUGCUGAUGAGGAAACCAUCCGUGAAAAAAUGAAAACCACCUUCAGUUACCGCCAAGCAAUGGUCAAUGACCAUGACAAAUCUGCAGAGGUCUUCUCAGUUUUUCCACGGUUCCUGGACACACCAGGACUGGUAGAGCAGGAUUUCAGACUGAUGUUUGGCGAGCAGACUGCCAAUAAAUUCCUGGAGAGAUGGCCUACCACUUUCAGGGCAAGAGUCAUUAAGGAAAGCCAUGGACUGGUCCCCUCCACAGACCUUCUUGAUUUGAUGCACAAUGCUGAGACAUCCACUGAAGUUGAAAAUGGCUGGGACAGUGAUACGUCUGCCAUCAUACUGCUGCUACAUCUGCUACCGCCAUCCGCACAGGGACGCAAGAAGCCAGGGAAGAUAUCAGCAUCUAAUGCAGUGGAUCACCUCAUCAAAUUCCAAAAGACGGGAACAAGCCUGCAGCAGCAUCUAGACAACAUCACUGAAAGCCGUCAGCCCUACCUCCUUGCACAGGGACCCACAAAAAGCAGCAUUCACUCCUUCUUCAUUGCCAUCGACAAGCACGCACUUCCAUGCCAAGCCACCACCUCAGUCGGAGCCCUGGAUGAACUCUUCAAGGCCCACUUUGUCUUUGGUACAUCUUACAGUCCUGCCUUGAACAACUUUUUCACUUUUCUCCAAACUUCCAUUUACAACAUUGAUGUAGGGAAAACUAAGGAAACGCCAAGAAUUGCAGAGUUACGAGCUAGAAUGGUGCGUUAGACUCAAUUAAAGGAUAACUUAAGCCACUAUCAACAUGCAGCUGUAAUGCUCACACUACCCUGGA